CAGGAUGCGUAUCACGAAGAAAUACAGGAGGUGAAGGACAGGAUUGAUAAUGCGCUCGCUUUCGUUGUAACUUUGAUUACGUGGCGACAUCUUCCACACAUCUCCUGGAGACCGCACAAUGAAACUUGUGCAUCUACACUAUAGAUGCAUGUACAAUUUUUGCCUUUUGACAGUUGAACGAUAGAGGGAAUAAAAUCAAACGCGUGUAAGAAAUAUAGUCUCCGGGUGUAGAAAGACUUUAAAGGAUAUGGUGAUAGGAAGCUAUUUAGUCACUGAAGCAUUGCUGAAAUCGCUGUAAGCUUCCAGCCGCCGAAGAGGAGGAGGAGGAGGAGGAGGAGGAGGAGGAUGUUUUUUGGAUUUGUGCCUCUUCAAGAGAAGCAAGGCUUAUUUAAGAAGAAAGAUCAUGGUGGCUGUCAGAGGGAAGGAUUCGGGAUCCGAGCAGCUGAAGGAAGCCAAUGAGGAGAGCUACGCGCCGGCCACGGCUGAGGGCACACUCAGGAGUCUACUCCGCUGGGGUUAAAGUGUGCAGUGUGCACUACUUCCUGCCGCAGGUAGAGCUGUCACAGUGUGGUGUGGAGCUCUAGCUGUGUCAGAGGCUUGCCGUGUCCUUGCUGCGAGAGCUGCUCUGCUGGAUAUCACAAUCGUUCUCACGCGCACACGCAGAGGAAUCCAUAUCCUGCCAUCGGCAUGGAGAAGUGCUGUUCUGAGUGUUCAGAGCCCAGGAUGGCACAGAGCUUGUGCACCUUCUGCAACAAGUGGCUGUGUUUCCAGUGCACAGACUUGCAUCAGCAUGAAAGAAGCUCCACUCAACCCUUUGACCUGCAGCACCAGCCGCGAGACCCUCCAUCACCGUCUGAAAUAGGAGCCGGUUGCUGCGGGCAUGCAGUUGUCAUGUGUCCUCUCCAUAAACAGGAGCCUCUGGAACUCCUGUGUGAAACGUGCGACCUCAUGGCCUGCAGCAUCUGUCACUUGUCAGCCCACAAAGACCAUCGACUGGUGCACGUUGGGAAGGCUCUGCAAGACCAGCGCUGGCUCCUGCAGAACCUCAUGGCCCGAGUAGAGGAGAAGAGAUCUGCUGUGGAGAGCACCGCUAAACAGAUCCAGGGCAGGCUCCAUGGUAUAAAGAUCACGCAGAGGAAGGCAGAGAACCAGAUAAAAAUGGCUAAGAUGAUUAUGAUGAACGAGCUUAACAAACGGGCCAACCUAUUAAUAGAACAAGUGGAGUUAGGUCAGCUGGUUGUUGAAGGUGGAAGUCGUUCAUACCCAGAGGUUGUGGGUCAUCCCAGUAUCCUGCAACCCCAGACUGUCCCAUGCAUAGCAAUGCCUCCUCUGUGCCAUGCUGUGCGGGAACCUGGCUGCGCCUGCCAGACCUUCUGCCAGCCCCAGCUCUGCUGUCUUCACUGCAGACCUACUCAAUCCGUCCCUUUGGAUAAAUUCCCUUCCCAGUGUCCACAGGCCGCCAGGCGGAGCUCCCCGCCAUCUCUUCACAGCUGCUGGGAGGCUGAUGCAUCUGUCCUGGUGCAUCCACCUGGAGCUCAGCCUCUACAGCAUUCCACCUCUCACCCUGGAUCUGACCCCGUCCAGCAUGGAACCAGCUCCGCUUCACCUCGACAGCCUGUCGGAGCCAACAACCACCCGUUGUCCGAGCCGCUCCCUGCUAAUUCCAACCAGGCUGCCGUGGACGGGAGAAAUGCUGCACCAGGCCAGCCUCCCUGUGAAAGAGGGCACACAUCUGCACCCGAAGCAGCUACAGGGCAAGAAGCAUCACCAGACAGAGAGCUGCCACAGGUCCGCAAUCAGGCUCAAGUGCAGACGACCACAGAAACCAGCAACCAGCCCAUGAUUGAAUUGCAGCCUAUCGUUGCUCGCAUCGAAGAUGACAGGAGAUCCUCGGCGCUAGAGAUGUUCACGCGGGCUCAAGGCCGAGGAGGUGACGGCCAGAGCUGUUCCGGUUCGAAGAGGGCGACCAGGUCUCAGAGCAUCUCAAAAGGACCCAGAGGACCUCGUAAAAGGCUCUGUAAAGACAGGCUGACCAGGGCUGCUCACAGCCUGGCAACAGUGGCUGGGGACCAGGGAUGCACAACGCAGCAGCAGGUCUGUGCACGACUCGAUGCUUCUGAGAUGAUCCCAGGACAUAUAAACAGUCACACUGCAUCCUCUCUGACCACCUACAAGUCUGAACCAGAUAACGUAUAUGCAUAUGCCUAUGAAAACAGAAGGCUGAAAACCAGAAAGAAGAAAAGAUUGUCUCGAGAAGAUCCAGACACCAGUGAUAAAGAAGCCCCAGAUGGUUCGAAGGUUCCAGUUGUGUGUCUUGAGCGACUCAAGAUCCUAGUGUCACAACAUUCACCACAGAACCAUCAGAGCACAGACCUUACUUCUCAAACAGAGCCUGGACUCAAACCUGAAGAAACUGUCUUCAGGGUGCUAGAGAGAAAGGUCACUUGUCAGGGAACUUUGGAUAAGGAGUCAGUUCAGACAGAGGACAGCGUGUCGCCCAUAGAGCAGCUAUCACCAGAACAUCUGCAUAGCAGUGAAUCAUCUGGCUCCCUUGAGGUUUCUCAGCCUCCUGUGCAAGAAUUUUGCAACAUAAACCAAGAGUCCAGUGUACUAGCCAUCUCCAAUGAUUCAGACCCUAUCUCACAACCUGACACCGAAGAACUAAACUCCCCAUCUGAGCUCAGAUCAGUGACAGGUUCUGAUUUCCAAACUGAAUCCACAAGAGAGGCUGAAGCAGGCGCAGAUGCAGAUGUGGAAUCGGAGCUCCUGCAGGAAUCAGAUCCGAGCGCUGAAUCCGAACUGCAGGUCGAAUCUGAAUCGGAUGUGAUUUCAGAGCAGCCUCCUGAAUCGGUGCUCUCGGCUUCUGAACAGGAAUUUGAAUCGGAUCCAGAUUCCACGGCCGAAGUGACUCUGAAUCUUGAACCGGAGUCUGAAUGGGAAGCGGAGCAGCCGGUUUUUCCACCUGCCGCCGGCUCUGAGACUGUAUCAGAACCUGUCGUUGAACAUCAACCUGCAGAGGAAAGCCCGGAGAUAGAGAAUGAAGACUUCUGUGCGGUCUGUCUCAUCGGAGGAGACCUUCUCUGCUGUGACCGUUGCCCCAAAGUCUUUCACCUGUCAUGCCAUGUCCCUCCUCUCCAUAGUUUCCCCAUAGGCGACUGGAUUUGCACCCUGUGCAGGGAUGUGGAGCAGCCAGAGGUGGAAUAUGACUGUGAGAAUGACCAGAUGUCCACGGGUUCGCUACCAUAUGGGCUGUCGGCGUGUGACCAGAGGAAAUGCGAGAAGUUGACGCUGCUGAUCCUCAGCAACAUUCUCAGCACUCCGUUCCAUGAGCCUGUCAGCCCUCUGGCCCGUCAUUAUUAUCAGAUCAUCAAGAAACCCAUGGAUUUGUCUGUCAUUCGGAACAGGCUCAGCAGAACCAGCAACACACACUAUCGUUCCCCGCAAGAGUUUGUGGCUGAUGUCCUGCUCAUGUUCAAAAACUGUGCCAAGUUCAACUACCCGGACUCAGAGGUGGCUCAGGCAGGCCACAGUCUACAGUCCUUUUUUACAUCCAAACUGAGGGAGGUUUUCCCAGAUCUGACCUGCCCUGUCCAGGAGGAGGAGGACUCAGACAAUGAGGAUUACGAGGAGCUGGAGAGAGCUAUGGCGACUGGAUUUCCCUGGCCUGAGAGAAAAGAGCAGAGCCACAGGAAGAGGAAGAGAAGGCACUCCCUCAACUGGAGGAGAAAUCACUAUUAGUUGUGCCUCUCUCUCUCUAUAUAUAUAUGUACAGAGACUUUUGACCUACUCGCUCUGAGUUUUCCAUCCUGUGUGACUUACUGUUUUUUAAAGAUUCAUGUUGAAAUACAGUAUAUGCUUUUCUGAGGACUAAUCUCACACAUUAUAACCAGUUGAUGUGUUAUGCUGUUAUCUGUAGCUGUGGGUAGGUGUUGAUAUAAGCCUAUAUCUCUAGACUUCGCCGAAGGUCUUGCACUAGUAUUUAUUCCAAUGCAUACACUUACAUUAAAAUGUACAAUCAAUUUGAUAGCUGACUGGUUGCUGGCAGUUGCUACUUAGUAAAUAUAGAUAAGCAACAUUAAUUGGUAAUAUUAUAUAUUUGCUCUAAAUUUCAUUCUUCUUUUGAUCCAAAUAUGCCUUAUAAUGAGGUAGUUUUUCCAGUUGUUUUACUGUGAUGACUUUAAUGAUCUGUAGAGGGAGCACUUCAUAUAGCCUGUGGCAACACAUUAGUUCAUAUCUGACUUUUUCAGUGGCAGGAGCAGUGCUUAAUUUGAGCCAGAUCCUGUUCCGGAAAAUGUCAGAUUUGGGAUUUUUCGUUCCGGUAAUUGUUUUUAAGAAUCCGCCAUUAGAUCGUGAUUAGAUGCGUGCGUGCAUAUGAGAGCGAGCGCAUAUUUGGAGGUUAUGCAUUGGUCCUCAACAUAAUUUUGAGCGAGCACAUAUUUGGAGGUUAUGCAUUGGUCCUCAACAUAUUUUUG